AUGUCCGCCGAACUCGCCGAGCUUGGCAGCGAGCUCGGCAUACGUUCUGCCCGUGCAAUGUUCGCAGCAAUGUCGACGCAUGCAGCGGCUAUCACGCGCUCCAGCAGCCCCACCACUGCAGCGCCCGAAGGUGGUCCAAGCACCUCCACAGGCGGCGGCGUCAACUCACCACCCGCUAGCAUCUCGUCUUCCUCCUCGUCCGACUCGCCACCACACCCCUACGAGGCCGCGUGCAGUGGGGAUAUACUCCCCGCUGGCAGCUACCUCGUGCACGCCGCCGACCUCGCCCGCGCGUCGCGGCCAACUACACCCUUUCUUCCAGCGCCGCGCGCCUCCCCCGCCAGCGAGGAUGCCGCGCCUCGUGGCCGAGUACGCCAGUUCCAGCUCGGAGGCAUGUAG